AUGUUUGGUAAAACCACCUUCGGAUCAACAGGCUCCACCUUUGGAAGCACUGGAAGUUCGUUGUUUGGUCAAAACAAGCCUACAACAAAUCUCUUUGGUCAGCAAAACACAGGCACUCAAGGUUCACUAUUCGGCCAGAAAUCUACUACUAGCCUCUUCGGUCAAAGCACUCCGGCCGCGGGAACAUCAAUUUUUGGCUCAUCAAAUACAGGGUCGAAUACUGGAACGUCUUUAUUCGGGCAGUCGAAACCAUCCUUAUUUGGCAGUUCGUCCACUACUGGUACAUCACUUUUUGGUAGCUCUACUACUUCUACUGGAGGCGGUCUGUUCGGAUCGGCAUCCACUGUAAAUGGAACUACUAUCAAAUUCGAGCCUCUGGUGUCUUCUGACACAAUGAUGAAAAACGGCUCCCAGACUACAAUACAAACCAAACACAUGUGCAUAACGGCUAUGAAAGCUUAUGAAGGCAAAAGUAUUGAGGAACUUCGAAUAGAUGAUUACAUCGCCAAUAGAAAAACACCGUCAACGAGUGGUGGCUUGUUUGGUAGUUCAACGGCGACUAAUGCUGGUACUAGCAUCUUUGGCAGCACUCCCGCCAAGCCGUCGUUAUUCGGUUCAUCUACUUCAACUACGUCACCGUUUGGCGCAACACAGGGUACAUCGCUCUUCGGUCAGAAUAACAAUGCCACUCAGGGUUCUUCUUUGUUCGGCAGCAAACCUACGGGUAGUCUUUUCGGCUCACCAGCGACAGGAACUACUUCGGCGUUUGGAUCAUCCACCGGGGGUAGCUUAUUCGGGAACACAGGAGGCUCUGCAUUCGGAUCGACUCAGCAAACUGGGUCACUUUUUGGAGGUUCCUCUUUUGGCACUGCCACUACGACGACGAGCUCUUUCACUUUUGGCUCGACAACGAAUACAACUGCAUCUCCAUUUGGUCAAACAGGAAGUACAAACACAGGAGGAUUGUUUGGUUCAAAUACGGCCACAACGAACACAGGUAGCCUGUUUGGUAAACCAGCUGGCACGAGCGCAUUUUCUUUUGGAACCCCUUCAAAUACGACAUUUGGUCAAACUACUACUGGCAGUCUUUUCGGCAAUACUCAGAAGCCAGGAGGAUUAUUUGGUAGCAGUACUAAUACCACAGCACAAACGUCACUCUUCGGAGCAAAUACGGCAAACCAGCAGGCAAAUACAACUUUUGGUGCUGCUGCUCCAACUACUAUAAAUGUCCCUGCUGCUGCUCCAAUCGUACUUGGCUCUGAUGUAAACCAAGCUCAGAUACAAAUGGCGCUUCUGGAUGCUCAAAUAGCAGCGUGUCCCUAUGGUGAUUCGCCCUUGCUGAAGAUGGGUACUGCAAAGGACACUGAUGAGACGCCGAAUCCAAUAAGUACUCAAAGGCAGCUGAAGUUUCUUGCUGCAAAGAGCGCCAAAUCGUCUCCUUUGAAUGCAUCGAUGAUGAAUGGGAGCACGGGUUCUCCUUCCUUGAACGGUUCUCUGAUAUCUUCAAAGAGCUCUUUCUUGCCUAUUGUUCCACCAAAGGUCGGCGACACAGUGAAGUCGUCACCGAGAUUGCGUAGCGCUGCGAUUCCUGGACGGGACCUAAAUUAUACUUCUAAAGUUGCUCCUCCCACGUUGGGGAAAGGAAUUCGUACGAAAGCGCUAAACAGUUCGAAUUCUACCGCAAACAGAAGCCUCGACGGAAGUCUUAUCAACAAGUCAGUAGAUGCAGCCAUUGAAGCAUCGCUAGCUAAUGGAACAAACAUUCCCAGCUCGGGGAGACGACGGAAUCUGAAACAUUUGGAUUUGUCAAUGGUCAUGCAAGUCAUUGGUUCUCGAAGCUCUGAAGGCGACGAUGAGUCCCAAGGUCGUGAUCCGGAUGAGUUGCCGUCAACUGAUAAUGAUGCCGUUUCCAACGAGGGUGUAUACAGCCCCGAAAUUGAUCCUAGAGAAGUGGCCAUUCAGCGAGGCGAGGCUUGUCGGAAUGGUACUCUACCACGUCUGCAGCUUGAUGGCAGUACAUGCGAGGAAUCCAUGAUGGCCUCGAGCAAAUCUCCUGCCACUCAAGGAACCAAUGUAACAUUAUCAAGUGUCAGUUCUGAAACAGUUCGAACUUCACCACAAAUUGUCGCGUCAUCCACUUCACAGCCGAUUGUGCGUCUUAACUCACCGGAUUACUUUACUGAACCGACCAUAAAUGCAAUGCGCGAGAUGGUCGUCGACGGAAAAGUUAUCCUUAAUAAUGGACUUACCGUCGGCCGUGCUACUUACGGAAGUGUUUUCUGGCCAGGUCGUAUUGAGCUCGAAAAUGUUGCAUUAGACGAGGUACGGUGCGCUUUCCCAUGA